CCUGGUGUCCGCGGGGGGGAACCGGCCCGGACAACACUACAUUACACCACCACCAGCACUAGUGUGAAGAUGGCGGAGGGUGAAUUGAACGUGGACAGCCUCAUCUCUCGACUCCUGGAAGUGCGGGGAUGUCGUCCAGGGAAGAUCGUCCAGAUGACAGAGGCAGAGGUGCGGGGCCUCUGCAUCAAGUCCAGGGAGAUCUUCCUCAGCCAGCCCAUCCUCCUGGAGCUUGAGGCACCCUUGAAGAUCUGUGGUGACAUCCAUGGCCAGUACACAGACCUGCUGAGGCUGUUUGAGUAUGGAGGCUUCCCUCCAGAGGCCAACUACCUUUUCCUGGGGGAUUACGUGGACAGAGGGAAGCAGUCCCUGGAAACCAUCUGCCUUCUGCUGGCCUACAAGAUCAAAUACCCAGAGAACUUUUUCCUGCUCAGGGGCAACCAUGAGUGUGCUUCCAUCAACCGCAUCUACGGCUUCUACGACGAGUGCAAGCGCAGGUUCAACAUUAAGCUAUGGAAGACCUUCACCGACUGCUUCAACUGCCUCCCCAUCGCUGCUAUCAUCGAUGAGAAGAUCUUCUGCUGCCAUGGAGGGCUCUCACCUGAUUUGCAGUCAAUGGAGCAGAUUCGCAGGAUCAUGAGGCCAACAGACGUGCCCGAUACAGGCCUGCUGUGCGACCUGCUGUGGUCGGAUCCAGAUAAGGACGUACAGGGCUGGGGAGAGAACGACCGCGGGGUCUCCUUCACUUUUGGGGCGGAUGUGGUCAGUAAGUUCCUAAACCGCCACGACCUGGACCUCAUCUGCAGAGCCCACCAGGUUGUGGAGGACGGAUACGAGUUCUUUGCCAAACGCCAACUGGUCACACUUUUCUCUGCUCCAAACUACUGCGGGGAGUUUGAUAACGCAGGCGGCAUGAUGAGUGUCGACGAAUCCCUCAUGUGCUCCUUCCAGAUCCUAAAGCCCUCGGAGAAGAAGGCCAAGUACCAGUAUGGCGGCGUGAAUUCUGGCCGGCCCGUCACCCCACCCCGCACCACCCAAGCCCCCAAGAAGAGGUGAACAUGCUCCGGUGGCUCUCCUCCUUCCUUCUCACCUUGUCCCUCCCGGUCUGCCAGCAUGGCAACCUCUGUAACUCCCCUGUAUGGCGAAGAUACAGGGCUUAUCUAAUUGCCCAAAUCUUUCCCCCCCCUUCUUCCCCCGUCUCUCUCUCGCCCUCUCCUCGAUUCCACUGACAGCUCUUUUUCUUAAUGUGUAUGUGUACAUAAAUUUGCUGUGACCAAUCUGUUUUAUUUUUUGCCUGUUUGUUGGUAUUUUUGAUAUUAUUAUUAUUAUUAUUAUUAACAAAUAAUCUUUUUGGUGGUUUAUCUUCCAACGCUAUCUGAGGUGUUCUGAGAUUCGGUGUUGUGUAAGGAAAUGCCUCCUCUAUGUAGAGGGGCGUUAUGACCAAGUUGAAGAAGAAAUCCCUUCCAGUUCUUUAAAAAAAAAAUAAAAUAAAACAAGCGAUUAAACAUUGUUUUGCCUUGACCUCUCAAAGAGCAGAGAGAAUCCUUCCUGUGUGUAUUCCCUCUGGGACUGUGGUUUCCUUGCGAUGCUAAAUCCAUAGAUACAAAUAACUUUUCAUAAUCUCCAGUUUAACAUUUUAAAGUCAUUACAGGAUGUGCAGUGCACUUUGUGGUUGCUGUGCACGAGCACAUUUUAUACAUGUAACCAGAUGAGGAAGUCCACCUCCACCAGGAGUAGUGAAGAAUGUGAGCCGGCCGGCGUGAAUGAAAUGUAGAGGCUAAAUCAGAUGCUGCUUGCAGUGGACACACUCGAUCGAUUGCUCCGCUCUGUUAUGCCUCCCUGUGCCUCGACUCCACUCCCACACCGCAACAUGCCACUUCUCACACAGAGCUGGUAUUGACCGUUUCCUUGGCGUGUUCAUUAUUUGCCCUCAUCUUGCUAAUAGUGUGGAUUUAUAACAAAAGAUGAGGGGGAAAAGUUAGAAUUUCGUGUUCGUGGAAAGUUCACAGAGACGCUACAUACGUGUUUUUGUGCUUUUCCAAUCUGUAAGGAGAAGAAAAUGAGUGUUGAAUUAUCAGUGUGUGUGGAAGAAAAGGAAAUGGUCACACACACACCAAGCUUCGCUAAAGUGGAAUUGUUAGGUGCAGUUUGUAUAUAACACCCUGGUAACAAACAAUUUUGCGUUUUAAGGCUUUUUAGUAGAAUGCCAGCUAUCUUGCUUUCACAUCACCCAAUCUGUUGAGGUACAGGGUGAGCACUGGUGGAGUGGGUGGCAGCGCCAGGCUGUUACAGCGUUGGUGUGUGAUUGCGUUGCCAUCUGGUGUAUGAAUACAGUACUGCAGUACAAACUAGUAUACAUCCAGUGUUGUAAAUUUGAAAAUAGACAGCUCAAGUUUAGAACAAAAUGUGGUGACUACAGGGAGGUACUCCAGAUUCUCUGACCAGCAAGCCUGGUUAGCGGCUCAGCUUCAGUCUACUGACAUGCAGCCGAAUUUUUGUGGAAAACAGUUGCCUGUUUGAUUUCUUUGAUUAUUAUUAUUUUUAUUUUAUUUUUACUUUUUUUUUGCUAUUCGUUGUAUGAUUCUUUCUGUUGUGUUUCUAUGUUCUCUAUUUACACUGUUUACUUUUAAUUCACUUUAAUUUAUUUCCUUAUAAUGAUCAUAUGAGAACAAUGCGGUGUUACCAAAAGCUGUUUUGCAAUUUGUACAAGUUUGUUUGAAAGUCUAUAAAUUAAAUAAAAUGGAUGGAACCCAAA